AUAUAUAUCUCUAUACAUAUAUAUAUUAUAUAUAUUAUAUCUACGUAUCUGGAAAAGCAACCCGCGGUGCACGGACACGGCCUGCUUGCAGUUGCGCCGAGUAGGAGGAAAAAAAAAAAAAUCGCAUGCUCUGGCAGGCGUUGGGCCAACCGCGAAAUCGAGCGGAGCGUGUGGCCUGCUGCUGUUCGGAGUACUGUGGGGCUCCCAACAGAUGGUGGCGCGCGCUGGACGGGGAGGGGGAGGACAGAUAGCGGGUGCGUGGGUUGACGGACCAACAAAACGCAAGCAAGCCGGGGAAGAGGAAAAAUUUUCUCUUUUUCCCCGAGCAAAAGAAAGGAGGGCCGGAAGCGCCGGGGGGGGGGGUGAGAAAAAAGGAGGGAAGACGAGAGGCGACGCGACUGCGGGUUCUGAGUUCUGCAGCUGGCAGAUACAGGGCGCCGCACGUGUUUGCGUGCUUACGGCAGCAGGUUUGCGCGUGCUUACGGCAGCAGAACUGCCCGCGCUCCUGCUACUAGUACAGACUAUCUUGCCUAGCGACCCCUGCUAUUUGCAAAGUGUAUCUGGAUGCCGAUCUCGGUGCCCAGACUUCGAUUGUCACGUGCAGAGUUUCUGGAUGUGCCUGCUGGAUGUGCCUGCUGGAUGUGUCUCUGGAUGUACGCUGCUGCGACGCUGCUGCGACGCCCCUGUACACCGCCGCCGCCGCCGCUUACGUACGCGGGCUUCGCUUUUUUUCGUCCAGGAACGCGACGAUCACGUCCACGCGGGCUCACGCGCCGGCCCCCCCGUUGCUGCCCCUGCUCUGCGCGCGCUGCACGCUGCACAGCCGCGCCACAGCUGCCCAAUCCGGUCCAACACCACAACAAGCCAGCCCCACCGCUUCCCAAACAGGCAGGCGCAGGGCCCAGCGCCACGGUCUAGACCCCGCAGGCGUCUCUGGCCAGCUUCUGGCGGCUUUUCGCGCCAGCACUCCGCCCGCUGCGGAGCCACCGGGCCUUUCUGGGCCCUGCAUGCGCUUUUCUUGCUGCACGCCCGCAUUGGGAUUCCAUUGAGCCUGGCCUGGCGCAGCCAGAAAGCCAGGUGCUGGUGCUGCAGCUGCACCACUAGGGCCACCGUCUUUCUUUUCGUGGUCAAGGCCUGCGGUGGUGGUGAUAAUUGGUGGCUUCUGGCACUGUUGUACGCCAGCUGCUGCUCCGCUAAGGUGGUCCUCCUUUGCCACCACACCGUCCUCCGCAGCUAAAGCACCCGCUACAGCACCGACACAGCAAUUCGUUUGCUUCUCCCCGUCCUUCUUCUCCCCAGAGUUGGUGAAAGAUUCUAACAACACAGGAAAAAAAAGAAAGGAAGGAAGAAAAAGAAAAAAAAUCUUCUCUCUCGGUCUGGUUGCUUUGUUUGUUUGUCUCAUUCAA